CAGCGAACCAUCACCGCCUACUCCAAACGGUCGCUGUCGUGUAACCGUCGGGAUGUCACCUCGCAAGCCUCUUAUGCCGGUGCAGCCUCAAAGAGCUCGAAAGAGUGUGCGCACGCCCGUGUUGAAAAAUCCAUCAGCAAGCUCUAAGCGCGCACGCGACUCCAGCCUCGACGAGUCCAGCCCUCAGCCUGAUCGCGAGAUCCAGUCACAAAUUCCUUCAAAUGUGACAAGUGACGCCUCAAAAGCGCAAACACCGGAGAACGACGUGCUGCCGUUACGUAGUAACGUGUCGAGCGAACUAACUUCACCCAUGAUGUCACCUGGGCUGCGUGCACUCGACACGUCCCUCCAUGAACAGGCUCGAAACGCCUGUCCUACCACCGCGUACGAUUGCUUUAGCUCGCAACCUCACCUGAAAGGCCAUUUCUACUCCGCAAAUCAGCUCUUUCAACGAGGUGUCUGGAUUGGCUACUUGGCUCCCGAAAGGCAAAACGAGUCAUUUCGCGGGCUGCCCUCUUUCCACAAUCUCAAGGUCAACUACAGCAAGUUCCGCCCACCAUAUCCUCCAAUAGUUCAGGGUUCUCCCAGAGAGAAUCGCAACGCUAUCUGCCGAGGCUGUGCCAGGGACGAGUCGGCUCUUAUUGCUCUAAGCGAGGUGCAGUUCGGAAAGAACGGCAAGGUCGUGAUCAUGCCUCUCGAUGGCGACGACGAUGCUGGAGUUUUCGCAAUCAUGAUUCCUCAAAAGAGUGACAGGUCUUUACAUGGUCUCCAAUCCUUUCGUCCUUACGAACUUUUCAAUGGCGGCACAGGAGACAAAUUUGUUAACAGUUACAUGAUGCUCACUCUCCGUAACCCUGACAGCGAUGCUGGAACACUGGAGACCGUUCUCACAGUAUUACCACCGAAAGAGCGUGCCGAUAUUGUUUUGAAGUUGAAACAAUUGCCGACACGUGACAACCGUCUUUCCUCUACUCCCAGACUAUCGAAACUUUCUGAUGUGGAUGCCACACCUCUGGCACCGCCUGUCAUGAGUAAAGCGCACGUUGAUGACAGCGAUGCUCGAAUCGAUGAGCCUGCGACGCGGAAACGGCGCAAGAUCAGCGACAGUGCCGCGAACAAGUUCGAGCCUGUACGACAAAGUCCUACAGGCUGCAGUGUUGACCUUACGCAGUCGCCGCCACCGCAGUCGCCACCGCGGCCACAACAAACGCUACGAGAAAGUCCUACAGGCUGCAGUGUUGAUCUUGGGCAGCCGUUGCCACCGCAGUCGCCACCACGGCCACAACAAACACCCCAAAGGACCCCAACUCCUGCCGAUGAUGUAAAGCAUCAUGGUUCGAUAACAUCAGCGCCAUCGAGGCCUCCAUCUCAAGCUACCAGUGUUGCAAGUUUCUCGAACGUCAUAUCUCUUGACCUGACCGAUGAGCAAGCUGCGCGAAUCUGCUUCAUCUGGACAGUAGUUGACGAUGAUAUUGAAUAUGAAUUCGUGCAUGCAUUGGUCGAGUGCAAGUCAUUCGGAGGCUUGCUUGGUCUUUUGGAGGAGGAUGCUGAGGCUAUCCCAUCUGCUGCCAGCAUGAUUAGCAGAACGAACGUCUGGCGACUGACGUACCGUCUCGGUAACGGUCCCAACAAAGCAGUCGUGCUGCGUAAAGGCACUGAAAUUGCGUUCGAUCGUCUGCAACUUACACUUGCCCAGGCUUCUAUCUGGCAAGAGAAUCCUAAUGCUAAGAUCGAUAUCGAACUCAAGUCGUUGAGCAGACCGGAUCCUGUGUGAGCGACAUCAAACGAUAGGUAGCGACAGCGCCUCUUCCUACCCUUGCGGAUUCUGAUCUACCUACAAGCGUGCUUUCUAUCUCUUUGACCAACAUCUGGAUACCACUGCAAAGUGUGUUGACCGCGUUUUGCGUUGAUUUACAUAUACCCCGGAUCAAUGC